GGUUUUUGGAAAUGCUCCGCCAAAUACAAUGACAGAAAAAUUUUCUGAUCUUCUGCAGUUCACAACUCAAGUCUCAAGACUGAUGGUGACAGAAAUUCGAAGGAGAGCAUCAAACAAGUCCACAGAUUCACAGGAAGGUGCAAAUGUAAGUACAAAGGGACCCUUGUGCCCCUCAUCUACCUUCCUCCAUUGGUGACAUCUUGCUUCCCAGGUAUUUUAAAGAUAUUUUUUUCAUAUCGUGUAAUUCCAUAUUAUUUUUAAUUUUAAACUUUUCAAAUUCAUUAACUUUAGAAUCCAUUGAAUUAAGAUUUAAUUUGUGUAGAUUGUAUCUCCACAAGAGGAACCUUUUUAAAUCACCCUGUCUCAAAUAGAUCUUUUAUACUCCAUCCCCACACGAGUUAGUAUUCAGUCAUACUGAACACUUACUUUGUAGCAUUGUCAGCAUCUGAAAGUAUCUUGUUCAUUUACUUAUUUAAUUCCAUUGUCUCUUGUGCUCAUCCUGUGUCACCUAGAAGACUACUUGUGCUUCUAGAUGAGGUACUAAUACACUUUUACUGAUUUUUGACAAAGGAGUUGUCUGUUUUAUUUUGGUUCUUUGAGAAUUGGAGUAGUAUGAAAAAAACCCAGCCUUAUUGAUGUUUAAGAGAAAACAGCCUAAUUUUAGACUAUCUCUUCAGUCAGCCUUAAAGAACCCUGGCUGUGGGAAUCCGUGAUCUCUUCUUUUACUUUAAUCUUGAACAUUGGAAGUUUCUUUUGGUCAGUGAUGCUAUCACAACUACUUUUACAGAGUCUUUUUUUAUCUUUUGACUUUACUAGUAAAAAUUUUUUUUGAUUUUCAGGAUCUAGGUACAUCCUUAGUCAUCUCACCUCUUAUAUAUCUCAUCUUUAUUUUCUGAUUGAUUUUUUUUUUUUUUGGUACCAUCAAUCCACAACCACAUGAGGAACACUAUGUCCACCAGACUCCCCCAUCACCAAGUACCCCCCACAAAUGAUUGAUUUUUAUUCUGAUUAAAAAACAUAUAACAUGGCACCUACCCUAGGCAAAUUCUUAAGUGUACAGUAUAGUUAACUGUAAGCACAGCAGAUCUCUAGAACUUUUUCCUUCUGCACAACUGUAACUUUGUAUUCAUUGAAACAAGCUAACUCCCCAUUUCUUCCUCCUCCCAGCUGUUGACAGCCACCAUUUUACUUUCUGCUUCUAUGAAUUUGGCUGCUUUCAAUACCUUACCUCCCUUUUAUUUUACAGGAAGCUAUCACUGUAAGUAAUUUUCUUAUAAUUUACAUGCACAUAAUUUUAUUCCAAAAGAAUCCCCUAUUAUUCAUAUGAAAAUUAGCUGUAUUUGUUGUGUAUUAGCAUAAGAUUAUUCUUACAGGACUCCUGAAUUUGGUGUGAAAUCCUUGUUUUUUGGUUUGUCACCUAAUCAGCACUUAUGUGUCAAGUCUUUUUCUCAGAUGACUUCUAACAUGGAUUGUAGAUAUCUCAAUAGGAAGACAUGCUUAUCUGCAAUUCUGCUUUUUAAAUCUAUCCAUCAGAAGUUUGUGAAAAUGGGAACUUUUAAGGAAUAUCAACAUUUAGGCUAGAUACACAGACUGAUUUAUAAGACAUUAGGGCAACUUCCCAGUUCUAGUUCUUUCUCUGUCUCCAGUAAUUCUCUCUUGGUUGUUGCCUCUGUAUGGCUUUUGUUAAAAAUAUAUAUUGCCUUUUCUAUGCCUGUGCUCUGCCCAAGCGCCAUCCAUUUUCUCGUAGGUUAGGAGGGUCUUUGGUGUCGGGGAUAAAAAUUACCAUGGCUUCCAGUGCUUUGACGAAACCUCAGAUGCAAGGCCUUCUGGCCAAGUGCCUGUGGUUUCAUAUUGUCAGAGAAUUUAUUGUAUCCCUGGGGGUUGCAGCUUUCUGUAAGUUCGCUGUGGCUGAACCAAGAAAGAAGGCAUAUGCAGAUUUCUACAGAAAUUGUGAUUCCAUGAAAGAUUUUGAGGAGAUGAGCAAGGCUGGUAUCUUUCAGAAUGCAAAGUGAUUUUAGAAUGUGAAGAAUUUAUUUAGGUUGCAUUCCAUGGAAGUUUUUUACUGAUCUGUGUUCCUGAACUAUGAAACUUGAAUAUUUGGGGUAAAGAAUAGUUCCCCUUGAUAAAUAAAUAGUUAAUAUACACUGUGGAAGACAAAAUAUCUAUUGCCACUCAACUAAUUUGAGAAAAUACAUGAUAUUGUGCCCAUAUUGUGUACAGGGUGUAGCUCAAGAUUUUUUUCCCAUCUCUUCUUCUUGUUAAGCUCAACCAUGCAAUCUGCUUAAUUCUGACAGCACAUGGCUGAUUUACAUCACUGAAGCAAAAAAUUCCCACCUGAAUAAAAAUAGUAUCUUCAGUUUACUAUUACUAACCUUGCUGCACACUAGGUGUCACUGUUAAACACAGUGGUGCGAUCCCCUUGGAUGGCAGCCUGGUGCUGGAGAAGCUGGGUCAUGCUGACCAUGCUUGGCAUCU